CGACGUCGUUUUGAAAAAUAGCUUUAGCGUUCACCACAAUGACACUGAACCUUGUUCUUCUGAUGGCAAUGGUGGCCACCAACAUCCUCUCACUCUAUCACCUCUCUUCAACUCUCCAAUCUCCAAAAUCCCCAAACCACCCACUCCCGUCCCCGACCAGCUCCACACAAUACGCGCCACCAUCAACCACCUCACGCGUCUCCAACACUCCACUGACACAACCACCACCUCCUCCACCAUCCCACCAGAUCUACUCCUAUACUCCCCCACCUCAAGCCCAUAGCCUCUUCCUGCCACAACCACCCUGACCUCCUCCACAAGUACAUGUCCUACACUCCCUUCUCCCUUUGCCCCUCCGACUCCGACCUCGCCGAAUCUCUUAUCCUCCGUGGCUGCCACCCCCUCCCCCGCUGCCGCUGCUUCUCCCGAACCGCGCCGCACAAACCCUCAUCCCUUCUCCCUCAAGACCCUUUCCCUUCUUCACUCCCCGAUUCCUCUGUAAUUUGGGACUAUUACCCUUACAAAUCCUUCGAUUGCUUCCACCGCCAAAACCCUAAUCUAGGCUUCAACCCUACCUCCGACUAUGAGUGUGGGUGCACCAUACAGCGAGGCGGUGGCGCUGAGGGGGCUUGUGCCACUUCACGUGCCGCUGCAGUAGUGGCUGCCGAUGUUCGACAGAGUGGUAGACCUUGUGCGGUGCGGGUGUGCCGUGAACCGGUGGAUUCUAGUGACAAUGAUGAAGUUCUUGCUGUUUGA